AUGGCCGACAAAACAGACCACAGCACCACCGUCGUGGAGCCGGGUGUGGUCGCUGAGAAAGACAAUGAGAUACGACACAGUGCUCACGGUGUCGAACUCAGCGACGAUGGCAUUGAGAAGACGGAGCGCCACCUCGAUGUCACCGAGGACGACUUGCUCGAGGCCAAGGAGCUCGCAGCAACCUACUCGCUCGAGGACUUGCAAAGCAUGAUGCAACGAGUACUGAAGCUUCAUGGCCGCGACCCCAACUUCCCAAUUAACAUUAUCCGCGAAAUUGAGGAAUUUCUCGGGAAUGACGACGUUUUCGCCAACCCGGAAAAACAUGAGGAGCUCAUCAACGAGAUGAAGAUUGAAGCCGCUCUCAUCACCAACAACUCGCCCUAUGCUGAAGUUCGCGCUGUUGUCGACAACCACGAUGAUCCCACCACUCCCGUCUCUACCAUUCGCGCCUGGGUAAUCGGCAUUAUCCUCUCAGUCGCAUGCGCCUUCGUCAACAUCUUCUUCGGCAUCCGCAUGCCCGCCAUCAACGUCACCUCCAACGUUCCUCAGCUACUAGCCUAUCCACUAGGUAAAUUCUGCGAGACGGUGCUACCCGACGCUGGAAUUACCCUCUUUGGUGUGCGCCACAGCCUCAACCCCGGUCCGUUCAACAAGAAAGAGCACAUGCUCAUCACGAUCAUGGCUAGCAUCUCGAUUGGCGGCACUUAUACCAGCAGCAUCAUCUGGAUCCAGGCACUCCCCAAAUUCUUCAAUCAGCCGUGGGCGAUCAACUUUGGCUACCAAACAUUGAUUGCGCUUUCGACCAACUUUAUCGGCUACAGCCUAGCUGGUAUUACCCGCAGAUUUCUGGUUUAUCCUUCAUUUUGCGUCUGGCCUGAAGCUCUGGUCACCAUUGCUCUCAACGCUUCAUUUCACGAUGACAGCAACCCAGUUGUCGCUGGUCCUUUCAAGAGUUUCUGGAAAAUGAGCCGCCUGAGGUUCUUUUGCAUUGCCGGCGGUCUUAUGUUCAUCUACUUCUGGGUUCCUAACACGCUUUUUGCCGCCCUGUCCUUCUUUACAUGGAUGAUAUGGAUUGCUCCCGACAACCGCCUCCUCACAACUAUUACCGGCUCCCGAAACGGUCUUGGAAUUAACCCCAUUCCGACAUUCGACUGGAAUAUCGUCACCUUUUUUACCGAUCCUCUUGUCAUUCCCUUUUUCAGCACAUUCAACCUAUUCGUUGGCAUGUUUUUCAGCAUGUUCAUUGUUAUCGGUGUCUACUUUAGUAAUGCUUGGUACACCGGGUACCUCCCGAUUACAUCCAACGCUCCCUGGGACCACUAUGCGAAGCGAUACAAUGUCACACGGGUUCUUGACUCCAAGGGGAUCAUGGACAUCGAGAAAUACCAAGCCUACUCGCCGCCAUACCUCUCAGCUGGAAACAUUGUGAUCUAUAUGUUCUUCUUCAGCGUAUACACCGCAUCCAUCACUCAUGCCAUUCUUUACCAUCGUCUGGAAAUCUCCAUGGGCUUGAAGGAGCUCUGGAAUACGAUCAGCCGAAAGAAAAACACCGACGAGGACCGCGUGUUGGAUGUUCAUAACCGUCUAAUGAAGGCUUACAAGGAAGUUCCUGAGUGGUGGUAUGGAAUCUGCCUCAUCUUUGCCAUCGCUGUUGGAGUGGCUGGUAUUGUUCACUACCCAACCAAUACGAGCCCCGGGACGAUCUUUUUCGGAAUUGCUCUGACGCUCAUAUUCAUCGUACCCACUGGCAUUAUUUACGCCAUGACAGGUGUGCAGGUCAGUCUCAAUGUCCUGGCCGAGUUUAUUGGUGGUUCUUGGGUUGAAGGCAACGCCCUGGCAAUGUGCUUCUUCAAGACAUAUGGCGUCAUUACAUGUCUGCAGGCACAAGCCUUUGCCAGAGACUUGAAGCUCGCGCACUACCUUAAAAUCCCCCCGCGCAUCACUUUUUUCGCGCAAAUGGUCCCCACGCUUGCAACUACGUUUGUGGCUGUAGGCGUUCUGACCUAUCAAAUCACGCUCAAGGACGUAUGUACGGAAAAUGCCCCUUUCCGUUUCUACUGUCCCAACGAGACGACCUUCUUCACUGCUGCUGUCCUAUGGGGUACUGUUGGCCCAAAGAGACUUUGGGGUGUCGGUGGUCAAUAUGCCGUCACUCUGCUUGGCUUUCCACUCGGCGUUGUCGUUGUGCUAGUUUUCUGGGGUCUGGGCAAGAAGUACCCCAACAACGCAGUCCUGCGGAAAACGCACCCUGUGGUAAUGCUUUUCGGUGGUAUCCAGUGGGCUCCGUACAACAUUAGCUACAUGUGGGCAGCCGUUCCACCCGGGGCCUUGUCGUGGCUCUAUAUGCGCAAGCGAUUCCUCGGAUGGUGGUCUAAGUACAACUUUGUCCUGUCGGCCGCUCUCUCCUGCGGUAUUGCCAUCUCGGCGAUCGUUCAGUUCUUCGCAGUCGCGUACAAUGGCCACGAGGUUUCCUGGUGGGGUAACGACAUUGUCCAGAGCCAUUGCGAGGAUCCUUCCAACGUUGCCUGUCGCCUUAAACAGCUCGCCAAGGGCGAGUUCUUCGGUCCUGCUCCCGGAACAUACAACGUUUGA